AAACAUUAUUCGUUGGUUUGUUGUGCUUGUGUGGGUAUAUCGGGUUCGACAAUGUAGAGAGAAUCACCAGGUGAAAUCGUUUAAAGUGUAUAGAGAUAACGGAAUUCAUAUAAAGAUUUUUAUGACGACACGGGAAAAUACCUUGAAGUGAUAUGUGUUUUAAGUGUGCGCGAAGGGAAUAUUGUUUUGUGUGUUCAUAAAAAGGGGGUAAUUUAUUUUUUAUUCGAAGAGAAGAGUUUUCCUGUCUAUUCUUCUGGAAUUAAUAUCGAACGGAGUAAAAAUGGAUUUUAAUAAUAUGAUAAAUGGUAACAAUAUGCAUUCUGAUCAACAACAAUUACAGCAACAAUCAACGCCAAAGCAUAACAAUACACAUAAAUCACACAGAAAUAAAACAUCGGAUCAGAGAAAAAUGGUGGAUAUAACACGUGAUAAACCAAUACGUGUGGCAAUACGUGUUGUUGUACCUGUACGUGAUCAUCCGAAAUUUAAUUUUGUUGGUAAAUUAUUAGGACCAAAAGGAAACUCAUUAAAACGUUUACAAGAAGAUACAAUGUGUAAAAUGGCUGUAUUAGGACGUGGUUCGAUGCGUGAUCGUCAUAAGGAGGAAGAAUUAAGAGCUUCCGGUGAUCCAAAAUUUCAACAUUUAAGUGAAGAUUUACAUGUGGAAAUAUCAGCAUUUGCUACACCAGCUGAAGCACAUGCACGAAUAGCAUACGCUUUAGCUGAAGUACGAAGAUUUCUUGUUCCUGAUUACAACGAUGACAUUCGACAAGAACAAAUGUGGGAAAUGAAAAUCUUAUCGAAUCAAAAAAAUAUUGUUGACAUCUGUCAACAACAACAAACGUCCAAUAUAUUAAACGAUCAACAACAACAUUCAAUAUUACAUCAUCAACAGCAACAAGAACAAUUAUGUCAAACGAUUGUAACCGCUAACAAUGGUGUUGCACAACAAAACGCACAAAUAUUCCCAACACAAAUGUUACAAUUACAACAAUUAUCAUCAACAAAUCAACAAUUACAGAACAAUAACAAUAAUAAUAACAAUGGUGAGGCAUCAACAUUAACACAACAUCAAUUGUUAAUGCAACAACAACAACAAUGUAAUGAACAUUUAAUAGAACAACAACAAUUAAUAAAUAAUCAUCAUCAUAACACAUCAUCAACAACUGUAACAAUGAAUAACAAUAAUAAUAAUAAUAACAACGAACAAGCGUAUCAUAAUAAUAUUAAAAAUGAACAAAUGAAUUCUGAUUUAGUAACAAUUGAAUCAACAAUGUUACAGCAGCAACAAUUGGUUCAACAUAAUGGUGUUUGUAAUAAUGUUCAACAGCAACAACAAAUGUUGAAUCAACAACAAUUAAUUCAACAGCGUACAACGAAUAAUUGUUCAACGCAAAUGAAUGGUAACAACGAUGAGCAAUUACAAAAUGGCCAACAACAUCCCGCUAUCCGUGGUAUUGGUGGUACACCAACAUUAUUAAAUGGUACAAUAUUAACAACAACCAACAACAAUAACCAACAACAAACAACUGGAAUAGCAACAAAUGGUACAUCAUGUAAUGGAUCACCCAAUAACAAUAAUAGUAAUAACAAUAACAAUAAUGUAUGUAAUGGUAGUAAUGGUACAACACAACAACUAAUACAUCAUAACCACAACAAUGGUACAACAACUGUACCACCACCAACAACAAACAAUAAUAACAACACCAGUGUACCAGCAACCGUUGUACCAGUUAAUGGUGGCAUCAUUAGUCCAAGUCCGGCUAAUGGUAUUAUUGCACCAAUUGCAAUCAAUGUCAAUCAAGGUGGUGUUAUUGGUCGUAAAAGACCGUUAAUGGUUGGUGGUACACGUACUUCGAUGACACCAACAAAACGGACAGUAAUGUCAUUAUUAGCAAGAGCUCGUGCUGCACAAGCUAAACAAUUACCAGCAACAUUCCAACGAGCAGCAGCUGCCGGCACUGAAAGAACAACCACAUUGGUACCUUUAUUAUCAGAGGAAUACAUAACAAACGCGGUAAAUUUAAAUAUAGUAUGAAUUAUCUUGUUAAU